AUGGCGGAGAACACAGAACUUAUCGAGGAUCAAAUCAAUGCUAAACAAGGUGUAAAUAUUAGCGAUGGACCUCAGACUUCAGAGGGCGUCUUGGACAACAGUCGUGUAACAGGAGAAGGUGAUUCGUACAAUGCCACAGAAGGAACCGCCAUGAUGGAAGUGAAUGCCAAUGCUGAAAUCAACGCCAAUCCGGAACUAAAUGCCAACCUCACAGUGGACAGUAACGCAAAUGCACCUUCGAGAACAGACAGUGAUAAGGAUGCUAUAGAACAGGAUAGUCUAGAAAAUAUAGAACCUCUUCCGGAACCUCAAGAGCCAGUCCAAGAUGAGGGUUCUGGUCAAGGUGAAGUCAAGGAACAACCAAAUGAACCUCAAGAGGAUAUACAAGCAGAGGGUCAUCCAGAAAGUGGCCAACUAGACGUUGGUCAAUCUGAAGGCGGCCAACAACAUGAGAUGCAAAUUGAGGAAGCAGGGAUAAGAGCGGAAGAUCCUGAAAUAGAUGCACCAGGUGAGGUGCAGGAAGAAGUUCUAGAGGAUGUCUCAAGUAGUGCUGAGGAAUUAGAGUUUCCUCAUGAAGCUGUUGAAGUAGAUGCUCCUGUAGGAGAAACUGAAGAUGAUGAUGCAGAAGGCUACCAGGACGAGGAGACCUAUGAUGAAGGGGAUCUGGUAGAAGGUGUUACCGAAGAGCCACUGGAGGAACCUUUCAGUCCUGCUUUCUCAGAAUCAAAGACUUUUGACAUCAUUGACACCGACCGGGACUUUGAAUCCGAAGGUAACCCUGUUGAUCUAGGAUGCUGCAGAAUGCAAGAUGGCUCUACUAACUGCAUGAACAUCAGCAUCAGCGCACCAUUGCUAACCUAAUCUCAGCAGCAUUACUAAUUUCAUAAAUUCUCUAAUUGCCUUGCCUGACUCUUCCUCAUAUAGUUAGGCCAUACAUGGAUGACUCCUUCCCUCCCUCCAAUUAGAAAUAGAUCUGCAGCAUCUAAAAAAGAUCCCUAGUUUGCAGUAACAAACCCUUUGAUUGCUGCUUUUAAAAUGGUUUGUAUUCUGAACCUUUAUACAGGGGCUCAUUGGUAUUGGGUUUAGCAUAGCUAGUUGGAAAUAUCCCAAGCUAUUUCCAAAAUCAGUUGUUAGAGAUAUGGAUCUGUGCCUGUGGGUUAUGUCUACCCCCCCCCCCCCUGCGGGAAAAAAAUGGCCAGAAAUUCCCUUCAUGUUUUACUGAUCAUCAUUGAUUGCAGUGUUGGUCAGGGCCAUUAAUCCAAAAUUCUUGUCUCAUAACUACCAAAUUUAGAUUGAUUCCAACCUGAAUUAAUAAUCUAUUGCAACUCUUCAAAAGGUGGGGCCAUUAUUAUGAUUUUUUUUGUAAUUUUGUUCACAAUUUUCCAGGAGGUAUUUUCAUCAUUUUCAGUAUAACGAAGUUACUAUUUGAAUGUGAAUCAUUUCACAAACAUCAAAAGUUGCUCUGCAUGGUGUAGUUGGUGUUGGAAUGAUAAUGGUAUUAAAUUUGAUGCUAUUCUAAUUUCUUUUUAUUCAAUGAAAGAACUAGAUUUUUGCAUGUUAUCAGACUCGCUCUGUUUCAGGUAUUCAGUGAAAAGGUGUAGUUUACAAGAUGAUAAAGAAGCAGAUCUGUUGUUGAUGGCAGGAGACAUCUCAAUUAAACCUGGAGAGCAUUAUUCAGGAGUCCACUUGUCAGUGCAAUUUCAAUGACAGGGUAUUCUUAAUAGCCAAUCAGAUGCAGGAAAUUUGGGUAGCUUAUAACAGUGGUCAGUGAGGACCUCUUCAUGAAGCUAUUCCCUUUAUUUAUAAGUCCUCUGAGUGCAAUUUUCACUGACAGUUUUGUUUAUAGCCAAUCAGAUUCAUGGUUUUUUUUUGGUAGCUAAUCAGUAGUCAGUGAGAAAUGCUGGACAAAUCUCUUUAUGAAACUCUUCUCUUUAUUAAUUUUUCAAUGUUUUCUUUUUUUUAUUGCAUGCUUUGUUGAUUGAUCCUACUGCCUAGGAAGUGUUUGGCAGUCAAAGGAAACAUUUGUUGUAAAGUGAGCUUAUUAGCUCAUGCUUGAAUGUAGAUUAAACUGAAACAUCAUCAUAAACAGUAAAGUUCCUUGACAAUCUAAGAAAAUUAACAUGCGUUUCUAUGGGUUGUUGACAAUAUUUAAUUGACAGGACAGAAAAACAUGUCUUCCUUCAAUUUCCUAUAAAAACUUCACUUUGUACAGCAUUAUCGAUAAAUUCAUGACUAGUCAACGUGAACAUUGUUCAAUACUUUUAGUUCAAUACGUUUAGUCUUAAAAUUAGAACAAAACCGGUGGAACAAGUUUUGUAGCUUGAAGAAAAAAUGGAAAGAAUAUUAAAGAUCAUUGAAACUUUGAAAUCAAUUGGACAAACAUUAAGAAAGUGAUGAGUAUUUUAAUCAUCGAGAACAUUUUUUUACAGUCCUCAAUGACACUUUACAGUAAAGUUUACAUCGUGUUCAUGUACAUCAGAAAAAUGAAACCCAACACUGAAAAGACCAUGAAUAUUAUUAUUUGAAAAGUAAAUGUACUGUUCAGAACAUUAAUGAUACUAGACAUUCAUAUCUCAAACAGGUAAUGUCAAUUUGUGACCACAUACCUCUGAACAAAAUAGAUACUACAUCGGCACUGACAUAAAGCCAUUUUCAUAAAGAAAAAUAGGCAAAAUAUAAUUAAGAUUAAUGACAAUUCUGAUGAAACUCUAACCAAUAUGACAGAUGCUCUUUCCAUGUGCCUUGGGGUAUUUCUAUUAUGUACAAUAUCGUUACUGGUUUUUAUCCAAAUUUCCCCGAAACCUCAGCCUCCUUCCUUCUAGUCAACGGCAUUCUCAAUUUCCUAUCCAGUAGAAAUGUUCUGCCCGAGGCACAAAUUUAUCUAAUUCCCCAUUAAUGGACCUCCGUGUUGUGGUCGUCAAGAUGUGAGCGAGAGAUAAGCAUAUUUUUCUUUCUAUGAAAAGAGAGAGUUAAAGUCCCCCCUUUUAUUUUAAUUUAUUUUUUCAUACAACUGUCUUGUUUUAUCUCAACUACAUACAUGUAUUUUUUGUACAUGCAUUUGAAGAAAAUCAGAGAUAUUUGUCAUAAAUAUAAAUAUUUCUGUACUAUAGAGUCUGAUGUUGUUUGAAAGUGACCCUACAACAUGUAGUGAGUACUAUCAACAUGUACAUAUCAAAAGACAAAGCCAAAGAAAUUAUGAAAAAUUAUUAAUAUGAUCCUUAGCAAUAUUGAUAUUUGUGCAUUAAAGUUGUUGUUCAGCACAUAACAGAAUACAAACAAUAUUAAACACAAAUUAACAAAUAAACUUCUAGUAUGUGAUAAGAAAAAAAAAUCUAUAUGAAAGAAGGAAUUUGAAAUGUCCUUAAAAAUUUAUAAAAAUCAUAGCAUAUUUGAUUUUCUUUAUAUUGCAUGAUCCCUUCGCAUCCAUGUCAACAAUCGCACUGAAGCUAGACAUAUUGCAUUUCAAGGGCUUUCUGAAAGUGCCCAAAUCCAUCCUACUCGGAACAUUUGUCACAGCUUUGAUGAAACAAUUAUGUCGGGCUCACAUACUGUCUGGCCGCAUGUCAUACAACAAUAGAAUAACAUUAUUGUCAAGCAUUGAUGUAUUUGAGCAUUGUAUAUUGACACAGCUGCUUUAGCAUUGCACAUAUUGUAAUGUACAAUAGUAUAUUAUGAGGGAGAACAAAGAGGGUGGCAAUGCGAUUGGAUUUUUUGGACAAAGGAUAUUACAAUAAUAUCACAAUGAGUAUUUGUGAAUAUUGAUUAUUAUGGAUGGGUUGAGGGUGUUAAAAGUAUAAUGGUAUAAUGGUUGCUUGCUUACAAGCAUUCAUGCUUACUUAGCAAUCAGGUAAAAAAUCACCACCAAUAAUGGACCAUUAUUAUUAUUAGCUACAAAUUACUGCAAUUCAGAACUUUAUCCUCUGUAGCUCUUAAAUUUGUAGACACAAUAUUCAUACCGAUAACCUUUAAAUAACCACAUGCUUGUAAAAAUUGUGGACUUUUCACAAACAAAUAUUAAACUUUAGAUAGACAGAGUAAAGAAAAAUUGUCUUACUUUUAUUUCUUCUUAAAGGGGAAGUUCACCCUGAUGAAAAGUUUG